AUGGGUAGCUGCAUUCUUUUUCUGAAGGCAGCGAAGACACAGUGCCCCAGAAUCAUGCCCCCUUUGCUGUUGCUGUCUGCCUUCAUUUUUGUAGUGAUUGUCUUGGGAGGAUCCCCAGGACACAACCCAGACGGCAGGAUGGAGAUGAUAUCAAUCCACAGCCUCUCUGAGCUGGAGCGUCUGAAGCUGCAAGAGACUGCUUACCAAGAACUCAUGGCCAGGCAUUUCCUCUUUGAAUUCAAGCCUGAGAGAGCUCAAGCUAAUGACCGUCCAAACUCCUCGGACAAGUGGCUACUGGUUCUGAGAGGAGAAGAGAGAGUUGGCUCACUCAAGAUAUUUGGCCUUAGUCUGGAAGAGGCGUUAAUGAACGAGUUUGCCCGCCGCAAGCAUCUAGACAUGAGAAGGGCCAUGGAGAGUGAAGAAUCCACCGGGCAGGCUCAGCUUGGUCACGGUCGUCAUCACGGAAACGUGGUGCAGAGGCUGAUUGGUCACAUUAGGCACUAUUUGAGUUACAGGAAUGGUGAGCCCUCCUUGCCCCAGGAGUUCACUCGCCGUGGACGUCGAGGUGCAAUAUCUGCUGACAGCCUGGCUGAAGUGGAAGAUGGGGCCCUGCUGCUGCAGACCCUGCAUCUCUCCGGGAUUUCCUUGCCAAUUGGGCAGCGACUUCUGGGAUCCAAAAGGAAAAUGAGUCUCAAUCCGAUUGCUAACCAAACCCCCCAGGUUGUGGAGGCUUGCUGCAACUUCAUUGAGAAAUAUGGCUUGAGAACAGUGGGACUUUUCACUCUUGAGUUCUCUGCUGACAGAGUGCAUCAGCUCCGUGAAGAAUUUGACAAUGGUCUGGAUGUAGUGCUGGAUGAAAAUCAGAAUGUGCAUGAUGUGGCUGCGCUCCUCAAGGAGUUUUUCCACGACAUGAGGGAUUCUCUGCUGCCAGAUGAUCUGUACAUGUCCUUCCUGCUGACAGCAACUCUGAAGCCUGAGGAUCAGCUUUCUGCCCUGCAGUUGCUGGUCUACCUAAUGCCUCCUUGCCACAGUGACACCCUGGAACGUCUUCUGAAGGCCCUGCAUAUGAUUACUGAGAACUGCGAGGACUCCAUUGGCAUUGAUGGACAGUUGGUCCCAGGCAACCGUAUGACUUCUACCAACUUGGCACUGGUGUUUGGAUCUGCUCUCCUGAAGAAGGGGCGCUUUGCUAAGAGGGAGACCAGGAAAACAAAACUGGGGAUUGAUCACUAUGUUGCUUCUGUCAAUGUCAUCCGUUCCAUGAUUGAUAACUGGGAUGUCCUCUUCCAGGUUCCUCCUCAUAUCCAGAAGAAGGUUACUAAGAAGGUGUGGAGAUCCAAUCCUGAAGCCUUGGAUUUUAUCAGACGUAGGAAUCUGAGGAGGAUCCAGAGUGCACGAAUAAAGAUGGAAGAAGAUGCCUUGCUUUCUGAUCCAGUGGAAAAUUCUGCUGAAGCCCAGGCUGCUGUCCUUGCUCAAAGCAGGCCUUUCAAUGAAGGUUCCUCUGAUGAGGCAGGCGUGCCUCUUGACACAACCUAUUUCCAUGACAAUGAGGAAGGAUCCGGUAACCCUCCCAUUCCUGAGCAAGACCGCCCAUUGCUUCGCGUGCCCCGGGAGGAGGAGGCCAACACUGACAACUCUUACUUCUUUCCUUAA